GUUGUUAUGCCCAUGUAUGAGCGGCAUGGGCCGUCCUUCCCAAGGAAGUUUGACGGCGAGUUCGCGGUUGCAAUUUUCGACCUUCCCAGGAGGCUGGCAGUGCUGGCCACCGACAUUUUCUCGACCAAGCCUUUAUGGUACUCCAGACAUGGGGGCCUGCGAGUUGCUACUUAUCGGGGGUGGAGUGGAGCGCUUGGGGGCGCCGAGGAAGACGAUCCGCAUGAUGGAUCCAAACACGGUGAUGGUAUUCGGGCUCGAUGUUCCUCAUAAUGCAGCGGCAGUUCCCGUGAUUGCCCGCCUGUCUGUCCACGAGUUUGACCUCAGGCAGUUUAAGACUGAUACGGGCGACUUCUUGCGCGCGUUCGAGCAAGCUGUUGCGAAGCGAAUGCGUUCGAACCACCCUGCUUUCAUUGGCCUUUCUUCUGGCUAUGACAGUGGUGCUAUUCAGGUCGCAUUGCAGCGUUUGGGGCACCGACAUGCGUCAUACACGAUAUUUUCAACAGAGGACAUACCAACAAUAAAGGAACGCCUCAAGUGGACUGGAGAAUUGGUGGAGCCUCAUGUAAUACAGCUCGGUGAGGAGGAUCGUGCGAAGGAGGAGCAAUUUUUGCGAGACAGUUGCGAAUACUUCCCGUUCUCGGGCAUUGGGCGACUGGGCUCGAUCGCCGACGAUCCAGCUGCCCAUGGCCUCUCCUACAUCUUUCGCCAUGCCAGGCAACGGGGCUUCCUGGUCUACAUGUCUGGCACGGGAGCCGACGAGGUGAUCUCGGAUUAUGGCUUUGCCGGGAAGAAGUUCUUUCCACAUUCAAAUUUCGGCGGACUCUUCCCAGAGGACAUGGGCAGCCUCUUCCCCUGGGAGUCGCUGCUUCUCGGCACCCAGCGGGACUAUCUCAUGAAGGAGGAGCUGGUUGCGGGGUCCCACGGGAUCGAGUCGCGCUACCCCUUCCUGGACCGCCUUGUUGUUCAAGAGUACAUCUGGCUCUCCGCCUCGGCCAAGAACUCGCGCUACAAAGCUCCGCUGCACGAGCUGCUGGAGGGUGCUGGAUACCCGUUCAUAGCCGGGGAGAAGGUGGGGUUCAAUGCCGACUGGAACGUGAGGGAGGGUGGAACAACGUUGGUGCUCGGGGGGCAAGAAGACACCGCUGCCGCUGCUUCCCGACCUCUCUCCCGGGCUGCGUUCUGA